AUCUCUCUCUUGCGUUUUGUUUGUCGUUAAACGUUUCGUUCCUUUAAAUUGAUUGUGAUUAUUUCUUAAUAAACUUGAUUACUAUUAUUAAUUCUUUAACUUAAAUAUUACUCUAAUGGUGAUGCCGUGAUGGUCACAAAUAAAUGAAAUAGAAAAAGACCAAAACAAAAAAAAAAAAUCCUUUUUUCCUCUCUUUUACAUGAUGGGAACUCUUGACCUUUAAGUUUUUUUUUUUUGUGACAGGAAGUGUUCAAAGGAACGAAAUACACUUCUUCUUCCAUUUGAUGUCUGUGGUCCGAAUGAAAAAUAUCUCUGUAUUAACCAGAAACGUGUUUCAUAAGCAUCUUUAACUCUUCAGCUCUCAAAUUCUUCAUGAAUAUCUCUGCUUAUCGAUCAAGUGAGAGCAAAUGCAAUUUUUAAGAGCCAGCUAUUGGAUCUAUAACUGAAGAGGAUAUAUAUAGAGAUGAUGAGUUCUUCUUCUCCAACACAACUUGCAUCUUUAAGAGACAUGGGAAUCUAUGAGCCAUUUCAACAAAUUGUCGGUUGGGGAAAUGUUUUCAAAUCUGAUAUCAAUGAUCAUAGUCCCAAUACUGCUACUUCCUCUAUUAUUCAGGUUGAUCCUAGAAUUGAUGAUCACAACAACAACAUCAAGAUAAAUUAUGAUUCUUCUCAUAACCAGAUCGAAGCAGAACAACCUUCUAGUAAUGAUAAUCAAGAUGAUGAUGGCAGGAUUCAUGAUAAGAUGAAACGGCGUUUAGCGCAGAACCGAGAAGCGGCUCGCAAAAGUCGUUUGAGAAAGAAGGCUUAUGUUCAGCAGUUAGAGGAAAGCCGGUUAAAGUUAUCGCAGUUAGAGCAAGAACUCGAAAAGGUUAAGCAGCAGGGCCAUUUAGGACCAUCUGGGAGUAUUAACACAGGGAUUGCAUCAUUUGAGAUGGAAUAUUCACACUGGCUACAAGAACAAAGCAGAAGAGUUAGCGAACUACGAACAGCGCUUCAAUCUCAUAUAAGCGACAUAGAACUCAAGAUGCUAGUAGAGAGUUGCUUGAACCAUUACGCUAAUCUUUUCCAAAUGAAAUCCGAUGCAGCAAAAGCCGAUGUUUUCUACUUGAUAUCGGGAAUGUGGCGAACUUCAACCGAAAGAUUCUUCCAAUGGAUUGGAGGGUUUCGUCCAUCCGAACUUUUAAACGUUGUGAUGCCUUAUCUUCAACCAUUAACGGAUCAACAAAUCUUGGAAGUGAGAAACCUCCAACAAUCAUCACAACAAGCAGAGGAUGCUCUGUCUCAAGGGAUUGAUAAACUUCAACAGAGUUUAGCUGAAAGCAUUGUGAUUGAUGCGGUUAUCGAGUCCACGCAUUAUCCCACUCACAUGGCUGCAGCUAUAGAGAAUCUUCAAGCAUUAGAAGGAUUUGUGAAUCAAGCAGAUCAUCUGAGGCAACAAACUUUGCAACAAAUGGCGAAGAUCUUAACGACAAGACAAUCGGCUCGAGGUUUACUAGCUUUAGGAGAGUAUCUUCAUAGACUUCGUGCUCUUAGUUCUCUUUGGGCAGCUCGUCCACAAGAACCAACUUAAAAGAGGAACUUAUUAAAACUUUAAAAACAAGAAACAGCAGAAUCAAAAGUCUUGAAGAAGCAUACUCAUCACAAAGCUUGGAAGGAUGUUUUAAAAAAGAUCUUUGUUAAUUAAGUAGAGUGAGAUUCUCUUGAUUAGAACUUUAUGGUUUUUGCUUUAUGAAGUAUCUCUCCAGAGAAGAUUGUAAAUUUGGGUUGAAACUUUGUAAUAUAUUUAGAUACAACAAAUAAGUUUGAAAUCUGAGCAAUUUGAUAAUAUGUGUACUGAAUGUAUAUUUAAUGUAUUAUUAAGGGACUAAUGUGAAACUCAAUAAAUCAAAGGGUACUAUUGUAAUUUUC